GUGCUAGCGAGUGCAGACAGGAAAAGUGCAAAACCCCAAACCAUCGGGACCUUGUAUCAUCCUGUGAGGAUGGACAUGGGCGCGAGUAAUGUAAGCGAGAGGGUGCUGCAUCUCACCCUGGAGAUCAUCUACCUGCUGACCGGAGAGGUGAGGGCUUCUACCACUUGUCACAUCACCUCCACGUUCUCAUUCUUAAACCUCCAUCAAGGUCCUACAGUAUGGACUGCAACAUGAGCCAUGUUCUAGUAAUGGUCAUCGCCAGCCUUGGUAUUAAAGCGGGAGUCCAGGCAUACUUUAUGUACCUCCAUGCUUGGUGGUCAGGUUGCCAAGGCGACCGUUCAAUGCUCGGACUAUGGGCCUGUAGGCAACUCCAGUGACCCAAUGAAAGCCAACAGACAUCCUUGUUCAUCAAAAGGAUGGGACAAGAGCCAGAUCUCCAUCACAGAGCCUCCAUCUCACUCACAGAUCAUUAAGAGAAACCAGGAGAAGACAAUUCUAGAACUCACCAACAAGAUCAUUUUGCUGCUGACUGGAGAGGUUUCUGUUCGGUGUCAGGAUGUCACUGUCCAUUUUUCCAUGGAGGAGUGGGAGUAUUUAGAAGAGCACAAGGACCUCUACAAGGAGGUUAUGAAGACUCGCCUACCCCUCAAAUCGCCGGAUCUUAUUGAAGUUUCAAAGACAUCGCGGGCAUCCCAUAACCCUGUUUCUUCACUGGAUUGUAUAAAUGACAGUCCCAGUGUUUUCAAUAUUUACACUUCAGAUAUGGCCAGCUCUCUGGAUGACGUUACUGAGAUACCCAAUUCAUGUGAAAUAGUAAAUCUUGGUGACAAUGACAUAUGUAUAAAAUCUAAUAAAAAACAAUUCUUAAUUCCUCAUAUUGAAGAGGAACUUUGUGAGAAAAAUGUUCUCAUUGAAUCCCAGAUGUAUAUACCCACAGGUCACAAACAGCACUAUCCAGCUUCCUAUAUUAAGGUGGAAAUUGAGGAAGAAAAUCCAGAACAUACCACCAUUUAUACAAUAACAGAUUCAACACCACAGUAUCAAUCUAUUCAAAUUAAGGAGGAGCCAGUCUCAUGUGAUGAAGAUAAUUUCUCAGACACUAAUUUAUAUGCCUCCAUAAAUCACAGACAACAGUAUCCAUCUGCGCAUGCUAAGGUGGAAGCAAUUUCCUUUGAAGAGGAAGACACAGACAUAUGUACAUCAGAUCAUAUUCAGCAAGAUUUAUCUUACCAUGUUAAGGAGGAACCAAUGUUAUGUGAUGAUGAAAAUCUUGCAGCGUUUUAUUUGGGAGUAAACCAUAUAGAGCAGAAUGGAGAAAUAUAUCCAUUAAAACCUAGACCAUUCAUGUGCUUUCAGUGUGGGAAGUGCUUUACACGCAAGUCACAGCUCCAUAGACAUCAGAUGAUACAUACCGGUGUGAGACCAUAUUCCUGCUCAGAAUGUGGAAAACGUUUUUUCCGGAACUCACACCUUCUUAUACAUCAAAGAACACACACAGGAGAGAGGCCAUAUUCCUGCUCUGAAUGUGGAAAACGGUUCACCACAAAUUCAAAUCUUACUAUCCACAAAAGGAUCCACACAGGUGAGAACUUAUAUUACUGCCCUGAAUGUCACAAAUGUUUUACAAAUAACUCCAAUCUUGCUAUACAUCUGAGGAUACACACAGGAGAGAAACCGUAUCCUUGCUCAGAAUGUGGUAAAUGUUUUACAACCAAAUCAAAUCUCGUUCUACACCAGAAGAUUCACACAGGUGCUCGACUGUAUCACUGUUCUGAAUGUGAGAAGAGUUUUACCACCAGUGCAAACCUGGCUCUUCACCAGAGGAUUCACACCGGAGAAAAACCAUAUUCUUGCUUGGACUGUGGGAAAUCUUUCACGAUAAACUCCCAUCUUGUCAGACAUCAGAGAGUCCACACAGGAGAAAAGCCCUUCUCUUGCAUGGAAUGUGAUAAAAGUUUCAUUAGCAAUUAUGAACUUAAAAGACAUCAACAAACUCACUUUGAAGAAAAGGCUUAUGCAGAAACCUUUGGCGAUGAAUGCAUAAAUGAUCCUGCAGAUCCCUCUAAGGAUUGGAGAGUUUCCUCAACAGAGAGAUCAUAUUUUUGUUCUGAAUGUGGAAAAGGAUUUGCCACCAACUCAAAUCUUGUCCAGCACAGGAGGAUACACAGGACUGAAAGACCAUAUUCUUGUUCUCAAUGUGGUAAAAGUUUUACAUGUAAAGCAUAUCUUCAUAGGCAUCAAAAAAUUCACACUGGAGAGAGACCAUAUUCUUGUCCUAUAUGUAGAAAAUGUUUCUCCAGAAACUCCCAUCUGAAAAGGCAUCAAAAAUGUCAUACAAGAAAGAAAGCCUUCCCAUGCCUGGACUGUGGAAAAUAUUUUAGUUCUCAGGCGCGCCUUGUUCAACACAGUCAGAUUCAUGCAGCGGAAAACCCUCAGUCUUCUGCACAUGAGGACAUUUAUAUUAUAUAAGUUUAGGAUUUGGACAUUAAAUUAGAGAUUGAUGGUUGAAGAUAAAACUUAAUUUUGUUAGGACAUGGAUUCUAAUUUUCUAGCAAUGUCGAAAAAUGUCUCACUAUGAAGUGAAUAUUAGAGAUGUUUAUGGCUGAUGUGAUCAUGUGUAUUCAUGUAGAAAUUGUUCUAAGGUUGAAGAUCUCGAUGGUUCACUUGUAGAGCUACCCAAAAUUAAGAGCAUCAAACUUAUUUGUGUGGUAAAUUAGGGUUUUCUUAUAGGCCGUUUAUGUUCGGUUGGUGGUGCUCAGACACCUCGGAAACCUGGAGACCAGCAGAAUGAAUGGACUGCAGCACUCCAGCAAGUCCUGCAGGCUGAUUCAUUUACACAGGAAAGUAUUCUUAGUUUGCUGCCAAUAUAAAUAUGGACAUACAAUACAGACCAAAAGUUU